AACAAGUAAAAAGAUUUCAAGAGAUCCUGCUCUUGUCGUUUGUUUGUUCAUGGACAAGCUUUCUGAGCAGUGUGCGAUCAACCAGAACGAACCCUCGAUAAGGCCACUGGCAGGGUGUCCGUCUACCUGCCUAUGUACAGUAUGAGGCAGUAGCCUUUCUCGGUGCGAACUGCGGUGAGUGUGUCCGCAUUUCUCGUAGGAACCCGUUGAAUGUGUUCGUCCGAAUAUUUCCUGACGUCGACAAUCUUUUUGUUAGUCUGUGAGCUACUGUGAUGUCCUCGCUGGUGGAGAAAGGCGCAAGGGUGGCGGGCAUCUCCAGCAGAGAUGUUGCCACUACGGCUGGCCGCCUCGCUGUGUCUUACGUGUGGAGACGGACUUGCUUUGGCUUGUUCUCGUUGGCCAUGGGCUCAGUGGGGUUCUCUUACAUUUGGAGAAGUGCUAUGCUGUACAAGAAUCGCCGCUUGCAUCGUUACUAUGGUCAAGAAGCAUCACGGGCCCGUGAUGCGCUACGGGAAGCUUUAGCAGAUGAGGAAUGGACAGAUGAAGAUGAGGAGCUUGUGGACUUGACUGUGGAGGAGCUGCUUGAGAAACUGCGCAGUAAAGAGAUCUCCUCGGUAAGGGUUGUGCGUGUGUACAUGCGCAAAGCCCUGGAGUGCAGUGCACGUGCCAACAUCAACUGUGUGACGCAGCCUAUACCCGGUGCCCUGGAGCAUGCUGCACGCUGCGACGAGCUGCUCGAGUCUGGACAAACGGCGAGUUUACUGCACGGCUUGCCGGUGAGUAUCAAGGAGUGCGUCAACGUGGCCGGCACCCGCUCACACUGGGGUGUGGCGUCCCAGUGCGGUGACAUCAUCGCAGAGGACUGUGUGCUGAUACAGGUAUUGAAGAGCCACGGCGCCGUGCCGUUCGUCAAGACCAACGUGCCGCAGACCAUGUUCAGCUUUGAGUGCUCCAACCCGGUGUACGGCGCCACGCUGAACCCGCACGAUCCCAGCCGCGGUCCUGGCGGGUCCAGUGGUGGUGAGGCGGCACUGAUGUCGCUCGGCGGCUCUCUACUGGGCAUUGGUACGGACAUAGCCGGUAGCACGCGCAUCCCGGCGGCAUUCAGCGGCGUGGUUGGCUUCAAGCCCACCAUGGGACGUAUCAGCGGCAAGGGCAACGGCUCACCGGUACCGGGUAUCGUCGGCGUGGCGCGCACGCACGGCCCACAGGCACAGCACGUGGCCGGCUGCCGACUCCUCAUGCAGGCACUGUGCUGCGAGCUGGCCUGGCGGCUGGAUCCCACUCUGCCGCCCGUGCCUUUCUUAGCGGAGCAGUGCACGCAGCGGCGGACGCUAAGGAUUGGUUACUACGACGACGAUGGCUUCUUUCCCACCACGCCGGCGUACAAGCGCGCUGUGCAGGAGGCACGCACGGCGUUGGAAUCUCGCGGCCAUGAGCUGGUGGCAUUUCAGCCGCCCAACGUCCAGCGUGCUAUUGAGCUAUAUUAUAGCCUGGUGGGGGCAGACGGUGGUGCGGUGCUGCGCAAAGCUCUGAGGCAUGACGUGCUGGAUGUUUCCAUGCGCUACCUCGUGCGUCUGGCCGGCUUCUCUCGCGUCCUUCUCAACCUGCUGCGGCCGGUGAUCAGGUUCCUGUGGCCCCGUAGCGGGCACUCACUAUGCCAGGUGUACCCGCGACAAGCCGAGCAGCUGUGGUCACUGCUCGCGGAGCGUCAAACGUACCUCAGCACGUUCAGCGAGGCGUGGCGACUGAAACAGCUGGAUGGCAUAAUCUGCCCGGCACACGCCAUGGGCCCACCACCACUGGGCAAGUGUGCUGAGAUGACCUGCUCAUUCUCGUACACUAUGCUUUUCAACCUCCUAGACUAUCCUGCUGGCAUUGUGCCAGUUACCAAGGUAACGACGUUGGAUGAGCUGGCAUUGCGGGAUCACCCGCAGAACAACUACUGGGAUGCGCUGGUGGCCAAACUGUCCGUAGGCACGUCGGGACUGCCCGUCGCUGUGCAGUGCGCUACCAUGCCAUGGCAGGACGAGACGUGCCUCUACCUGAUGCAGGAGCUUGAGACGGCUAUCGCUGCCAACACAACAUCAACCACAGCAGCAGCAACCAGCAAAGCGUAACGCCUGCUCUUCCUUGCUGCGAGCGGAGCUGGAAGCAGCCAUGACAGGCGUGGACGUGCAACACGUGGCCAAGGCUUACAGUCAUAUUCUUGCCGUUGUUGGAACAGUAGAAGACCGUGCGGCGUGCACGUGAACUGGAACCAGCAGAGCGCUAUCCACUCAGUACAUGUACUGCCUUGUGCACUGUGUUCCUAGUAUCUACACUGGUAAGUGCAGCAUACACUGCAGCAUACACUGCAGCAUACACUGCAGCAUACACUGCAGCAUACACUGCAGCAUACACUGCAGCACACAAUGCAGCAUACACUGCAGCAUACAAUGCAGCAUACAAUGCAGCAUACACUGCAGCACACUACAGCCUGAUCCCCUGCCAUCUUGUGAAGGUAUUUGCGGGGACCAUAUUCUUGAUAAAGACUGUCGAGUCGUAACAAACUCACACACGCCUAUCUUCAGAGCUCUACCUGUACACGUGCUGCAUGUCACAGGUAUGUCAUGCUGAUGGCAGACAUACGGUAUGCUGCUCCUGGCCAUUCCUGGCAUUGGGUCACUCUGUGUGUGUGUGUGUGUGUGCGACAGUGUAACACACUUCACAUUCAGACUAGCCUAUACUGCCGCCACCGUGACCGCUAUGCGUAGUUUCAGUCUUUCACUGCCACCGUCGCGGCUAUGCAUAGUUUGCAUCUAAACUGCAGUAUUGCUGCUGAAGAAUGUGCGGAGGUGUGCACUGUGCUGUGCUGUGCUGUCUGGUUUCAUGACCGGCAUCUAGCCAUGCUGUUCUAGACUAAGCAUGCAAAUCUACCCAUGCACUAGUAGCUGUUUCACGUGCAGUUUAUACUGUAUGCCUAGAGCAUUGGAAUUGCUCUCGUCUCUCUUUUGGUAUUUCCCGUACCGUUUGCACUCACGACCUACGAAUUGCAGCCAGCACACUUCAACGAGUCAUUCAGCACUUGCUUAUUGUAUUAAUGAUGCAGCACGUUCGGUGUCAUAGCAGCGCUGUGGUUGCUGCUGCACAGAGAUUAGCCGGUGUCACUGACCACAGUAGAGACAGAUAGAGAGCACUAGUAGUCUGCAUCCAUGCCGAUAUUUCUUGGCAGUUGUAUCAUGCAACAAAUUAGGGUGAUUGCGAGUUGUGCUUUUCUUAUUAAGUUUGUUUUGGCUACUGGUUCUUUUAUAUUACUGCCGUGAGUUUAAACUGCACUAUUAAUGUUUGCAGCAGUUGCUGGACUUCCCGACUUGUCAUGCAGCUUGUUCAACGUAUUCUAUGCUUCUAUCUCAAUUUUAAUGUUCUCAGCCAAGGCAUGGCACCAUUGUGUAUCUCCCCCCCCCCCCCUCACUACCUUCUUGAUACUAUUAUGCUCCUAUAACGCCUUUGAUCUGUGUCAACCUUCAGCUGCUGGAUUCAGUUUGAUGUUUCUGUCCUUGUCCCCUUUUCUUUACAUGGCUUUAUCACGAAUGGCUCCUAGCUUGACAAGCACAUGCGGAUAGAAAUGUAACUUGUUCUCUGCA